ACCAGGAAGUAAACAUUUUUCUGCCGUUGACAGUAUUUUUUAGUAUUUUAAAAGAAAGAAUGACUGACAGCGAUCCUACUGAAAGCAGAUCAGCAGAUUUGACUUCGUGUCUACCAGAUCUCGCGAAUGAUUUCACAGGGUAUCUAGAUGUUGAUGCAACAAAAGAGAAGCAGGCUUUCUACCACAGCAUUGAUGAGAUGCUCACAAAGCUGGAUGAGUUUGGAGGACUUGUUGACUCAAUCAGAAGUGACACUAGCCUGUGUGUGGAAACCAAUGUACGGAAUAUACAGACAAAAUGUGAACAAAUGAAACAAAUAUUCGCUAGAGUGGACCAACUUGAGGCGUUUGUGUCCCUAGUUAAACAAAAUGUGAACACAGUGGAGGAAUGUGUGAACAAGGCAGAGUCUGAUAUGAGCUCCUUCCCCAGCCUGAAAAAGGUCUUCUCCUCUCUUGUCGGCAGUAAAAAGCAGAGCCAAAAUAAAGAGAAGUUAACUUUCAAUCCUCCAGAUAUUUUCCUCACUGAGGACUUUAUCACUCCGGUUCAAAGUGUGGUGAAAAUAGAUCAGUCGAUGAUGGACACAAGUGGGAGUAAAUCAGUUCAGAGUAAAGAAAGUGAUUCCACUGAACAAACAUCAAAAGAUGGUUAAAUAUAUCCUUUAACAAAGGCUAUCUAGCAGUAUACGCACCAUACCUAGAUUAUGAAUACUCUACACUGUUCAUCCACAUGUGUUCCAAUUUGGAUAAACUGUCGUCACAAGGAGAUGUAGCCUGUGCAGUGACAGGCACUAAGCCAAUGACUGUGGAUUGUUGUUGCCAUAGUUUUUAUUAUAAUUUGUUUAUGUAUUAUUUAAAAAAUGUGAUAAGUUUCAAAGCUUCAUUAAAUGUUUAACAGUG